GGUCUUCGGCUGUCGAACGCCAACUUUGAAUCCCGACGGAUCUCCUCCGUAUUUUUACGCGACCGCGUGUGUGCGUGUGUGGGUCAGUGAUGUGCCGCGUCCGAAUGGCUCGUUAUCAUCGGAGGGAACCGUUACCGAUCGAAUGCUAAUCGUCGCCGCUUUCAUGACAUCCGUUCGACAAUUUGUAUUUUUCGUCUCCAGUAUUCGUUGAGAUUUCCGUCGUUGUUGUUAUUGUUUCGUGAUUUAUUUUUGCUGUAGAUAAGUCCGUGAUAUUCGUUGUGGAGUGCGAUUCCGGAAGCGACAGACUAGACAGUCAGAACCAUGAGGAUUCUGCCGUACGUGUUCCUCCUGCUCAUGGGAAUGACAUGGAGAUGUGUAAAAUCAACAUGUGUUUUCGAAACUGAUUUUGGGCUGUCAAUCAAUUGUGCUCUAAAAAAAUCUGGAUUAUUUCGUGUGAGAAAUCUUGGAGGCCUUAAAGGAUACGUUGGACUUGGCAUACAAUUAGCCGAUGAACUAGGAUUCAAGGAAUCGCUUUCGACUUUGGAACAAAAUAGUAAACGUCGUUCAGUCAAUGGAUUUCCAGUGCCAGGAUCGUUUGAACCUCUGCAGUCCUUACCGCAAAAGAACAAUCAAGCAACGACCGCUACAGAAAACAAUGACAACCAAGACAGAUCGGCUUACGCCAAGAUGAACGGUAGGACUGCUGUUGGCGUCGUCACGGUGCCGCCUUUCCGGCCUCUGAUGGCCGCGGCCAACAACAUGGUGCGCAAUGUCAGAUUGGCUGCACAACAGCAACAGCAGCAACAAUACCAACAACAACAACAAAAACAGCAACAAAAACAACAGCAACAGCAACUGUUGAAGCCACUUCCCGUGCCAGCAUUUGCCGCCCUACCCGAGUCCAUAGCCAAAGUCGCAGUGGAGCCUGCGCAACCUUCGUCGUUCGCCAGUGGUCAUCGGCAAUUACCGACGGCUUCCGUAGUGACGCCAAUGGCUUUCGGCCAAAGUCCGCAAAACUCGGUAGACGUACGGCCGAUAAUUGUGAUGCCCUCUAUACCCACAGCUGACGAUCGAAAGAAGCAAACUGACAGUAAUUCACCCCUGUCAAACGAAGUAGAUCCAGCGUCAAUGAUGUCGCUGUUCAAUGUGGCCGCCGCCAACAACGUGAGCGUUGAACAGCUGGCCAUGGCUCUCCGACAACGGCAACAACAACAGACUUUUUACCAAACAGUCACCGAUAAUAUAACUACACCUACUCCGACCACAACUGUUAGCGCGUUACCUACCACCACUACCACACCACAACCGCCGCCAGCACUUACCUCAGCAUACUUUUCGGAUGAGCAACAGCCGGUCGCUAAGAAAAUAGCAAUCAAACCAUAUAAGUCGAAAUACUCGGGCAGCCACAAGGUGAUGAACGCCCCUAAGGAAUACUAUCCUGUUGGAUACGACAAGAACUUCGACGACAACUUUGUUUCCAAAGUYGACCUACCUGACACAACAUUCAGUUGCGGCGACCAGAAACAUUUUCCUGGAUUGUAUGGAGACGAGGAUUUGGGUUGCAUGGUGUUCCACGUAUGCGCGUUCACCGAUGACGGUCUGACCCAAAAAAGUUUCCUGUGCCCUGAGUCGACGUUGUUCGACCAGACCAUACUCAAGUGCAACUGGUGGUUCUACGUUGACUGCAAGUCGUCCAAAAAGUUGUAUGAUAGUAACAUUCCCAUAUCGAAGAGUUAUCAGCUGAUGAAGGCAUUGACAUUCUUCUCGUCAUACUCGGCGGGACCAUCGAUGGACGCUUCUGUGGCCGCAGCCACCGCCGCCGUGUCACAACAUUCGUCAGACGAGUCGAACAAGUCCGAUCUCGCUACUAUUUCAUCGCAAUUCGAUGGCGUUACGAGUUCUUCAGUUUCAAACACCACUACAUCUGCUGAAGUUCUUGACAACGUGUCAUUACGAAGGUGAAUGGAUACUAUAUACCAAUCACCCCCGUCCUUAAUCACACGAACAUAAACAGAAAGGCGGAUUCUUUUUUUGGAGCACACGCGUUUAUGAAAACAAUGUCUCACAAAUAUUUAUAACUUUUUUUGUUUUAUUUAUUAUUUAAUUUAUGUGUAACGUUUAAAUCGUCGUGACAAAUAAGUUUUAGUGAUUUUAGAAUUUUACUAUUUUUGUGAUAUAAUGAUAUUAUUCAAAAUGAACGUUAUAUAUUAUAGGUGAUUCAUGGUAAUAUUAUCUAAUGUGCAUAAUAUUUUCUUAGACGCUUCAAAUAGUUUUCAAUUUGCUCAUUUAAAAUUUAAAUAAUUUUUACUCUGAUA